AUGGGUCGACGGCAAGGCAAUGUAUUUGAUAGAAAAGAAAUAAUGGAUUUAAUGCAACAGCGAUUGGAUGGUUCUAUCAAAAGUUUGCGCGAAUUAAAGGAUAGGAUUGCAGAGGAAACGGGUGAACAGAUUGCACUUACAACACUGUGGCAGCAAAUUCACAAAAUGAGGGGAGAGUUGGUCGAAAAUAAAUCUGGUUAUGCUCGAAUGACUACAUCACGUGUUUCACGAAUUGAUGGUUCGAGAGUUAGUAUCCAGCGGGGAAAUGAUAGUGUUGGUAGACGUGCUCCAUCGAUUGGGGUUGAACUUCCAGAUGCCACUGGCUCUUCAUUACGUCGAUCAACUCGCGCUUCUAAACGGAAAAGCUAUUCACCGGCCCCUAUGUCAUCCAGACUUGAUCCGAAGAAGUCUCGUACUGGCACAACACCAGUAUCUAGUAGCAACAUAACUUUAGUUUCUCAUUCCCUAAGAUGUUUGGGAAUGCCGAAAAAGGAGAAAGUCGUCAGACGAAAAAGAAUUGAUGAGCCACAAAUUUGGGACAAAAAUGUGGAAGAGUCAAUUAGACAAGAAGCUUUGAGACAUGAGGAAGAAACUGCUGAUGAUCCCCUGGCUAAGGCAAAAUCAAAAGUGUGGUUAUUUUGUGAAAAAUUCGACGAAGAUGGUGAAUCAAAAGCAAAAUGCAGAAUUUGUGGGAUGGUUAUGGUACGUAAGCUGGGCUCAACGAGGGCAAUGCUACGUCACCUGCGAAAAAUGCACGACAAUCUCAUUGAAGGUAUCAUAAGACCGGUAACAAAACGUAUUACAGCAAUUGCUGGAAAACCGAGAGGUGAUGAUGGCUUUGAUAUUGAUGAUGAUAGUGCAUGGGUGGAAGAGGUUGAUGAAGAAGAUUUCGACGAUUAUGAUGAACAGCAAUAUGCAGUUGCGCAACAUUGUGUUGAUAAAGGGAAAGUCAUAGCCUACAACAAUUAUUCAGAUGAAGGAGGCCCAUCAUAUGCUGGCGAAGUAUUCAUUCGAGAAGAUGGCUCUUAUGCUGAUGGAGACGAAUUUGUCGACGUGGUAUAUGUGCAAGACGGCACUUCGUUUGAGGAAAUUAUUUCAAAGUCGAAUGAUGGAAGUGCAUUUGUCAAUAACGAAUUACCUGCAAUGGAAAAUAGAAAUGAAGAAGCUGCUGUACCUUCACGUUUGAAACGCAGCAUUUCCGAUUCCGAACUAGCGCGGCCAUCCUCUAGAAAUGGUAACAAUGAUCUUGAGCAUUACGAAGAUACAAAUUUGGAGACAGAUAGAUCAAUAGGAAAUCUAAAUUUGUUAAGUGGAGGAGAAAAAAGGCGACAAGAUAUAGAUGAUGAACACUUUAGCCGCACUAUCACCUCAUCCAUUUUAACAUUCCCUCCAGAGCAACGAGAACUUGUGCGUUGCGCUGUUAUGCAGUGUAUAGAGGAACUGAGAUCGGUUGAAUCAACCACGGCCGAAGAAGCAGAAGUUCAUGAAGUAACCGAUGAAGAACUGGUUCAAAUCUCUGAUGUUUAA